AUGCAUAUUGCGGAUUACUGCCGCAGUGAAACUACAAUCGGUGCAGAUGAUUUAAUCUAUGCUCCAUUUACAAUUGCUGCCUAUGCUAUUUACAGAUUAUUCUUGAGCCAAUUCUUCCUCAAGCCCUUAUCAUUGUUAAUUAAUGAAAAGCUUCGUUACAAAUUUAUCCACCGCGGCUUCGAUUUAGUCCAUUAUGUCUGCUCUACCAUCCUUGGUACCUUAGCUUUCUCACAAAGACCAUAUUUCCACUGCCCAUUCUAUUUCCUUGACUGUGGUAAGUAUAUUGCCUGCACAGGUCCAAAAGUUGUUUGCUCUCACCUCGAAAAGAUCUAUUUCUUCUUCUUUGCUUCAUACUAUCUCAGUGAUGUCUUUUGGAUCAGCACAACAAAGGAUAUUAAGAUGCUUAUUGCUCACCACUUUGUCACAAUCACAAUGAUCACAGGCUGUGCAUUAGUUGCUCGUCCAGUUGGCGGCUUAUCCAUCAUGCUUCUCCAUGAUUGGGUUGAUAUCUUCCUUUACUCCGGAAAGGUCAUGAACUAUAUUGGUCUUAAGCUUAUUUCAGAUAUUUUGAUGGUUUGCUUCGCCGCAUCCUUCAUUUACUUAAGAUUAUUCGGAUGCCUUACAAUUCUCAUCACAAUUUGCACACAGCAGCUCGAGCAGCCACACCACGCCAAGCUCUACUUCAUCGCAAGAUGCGCUUUCGGUGGUCUUUAUGUUUGCCACUGUAUUUGGGGCUACCAGAUCUUCUGCGCCCUCAAGAGAAUCUUCUUCAACAAGGAUUCAAUCCAUGACACUCGCUCUGAUAAGGGCAGUGAUAAGGAAAAGGCCGAAUAG